CGAAAGUUGAAAUAUUGAGAGAAGAGUGAGGGUUAUGGAGAAUAAUGAUAAGACCUACCCUCACUCUACCUUCGAUUAAAUUAAGAAGCUUUUGAGUUCGUGACACGUUUCACAGCAGAAGACUUCCCGACGGAUAUAUUGAUUGUUCAUCCCCUGAAAAAUAAAAGAAAAAGAAAUCCCAGAGCCAUUCUAAUUUUGGAGUGAUGAAAGAUGGCAACAGCCGGAGACGCGUUACUGCUACUGCGGCUCCCCGCGCUGUUCGAAACCAGCAAGCAGCUUCUGGACGAAGUGGAAGCAGCGACUGAACCCACCGGUUCCCAGAUAAUUCAAGAUAAGGUAUUCAGGGGACUAGACCUCCUUAAGAAGGCUGCUGAAAUGUUAUCGCAGCUCGACUUGUUCAGCCGAAAUGAAGACUUGGAAGAGAUUGCUUCCACAGACCUGAAGUACCUGAUGGUCUCAGCUUUUCAAGGAGCGCUCGCCAUGAAACAAGUCAACCCCAGCAAGCGUCUAGAUCAUUUGCAGUGGGCUCGAGAACACUUUUUAAACUACUUAACUCAGUGCCAGUAUUAUCAUGUGGCAGAGUUUGAGCUGCCCCAAACCAACUCAGCUGAUAAUAAUACUGCUAGUUCCUCCAUGGCGUGUCCUAGCCUCGUUGCUGUGGCAUCUGAAAGACAGGCUAAAAUAGAGAGAUACAAGCAGAAGAAGGAGGUGGAGCAUAGGUUGUUUGCACUGAAAUCUGCUGUGGAAAGUGGUCAAGCAGAUGAUGAGUGUGUUCGUGAAUAUUACCUUCUUCACCUUCGAAGGUGGAUUGGUAUUAGCUUAGAAGAGAUUGAGAGCAUUGACCAGGAGAUGAAGAUCCUGAGAGAAGACGACUCCUCAAAAGACGCAUCAACUUCUUACUCAUCUCCUCAGGACAGGCCUCCAAUGAAACCCUUCGUUCUCACUCGGAAUGUGGCCCAAGCCAAAGUAUUUGGAGCUGGUUAUCCAAGUCUGGCAUCUAUGACGGUGAAUGACUGGUAUGAUCAGCAUCAGAAAUAUGGAGCAUUACCAGAUCAGGGCAUAGCCAAGAUAACACCAGAGCUCAAAAGAGCAGCUCAACAGGAAGAUCAGAAACAAAAGGAGGCAGAGGAGCAGGAAGAGGAGGAGGAGGAGGGGGAAGAAACACUCCACAGAGUUCGGGAGUGGGAUGACUGGAAGGACACCCAUUCCAGAGGCUAUGGCAACCGACAGAACAUGGGUUAGUCUUACCACAACAAGAUGGGACUUCAGGGACUCACAUCUUCCCAGACAAGGAAAGCCAUGCAGUCUUCCCCUACCUGGGCUCCUGCUUCAGCUGUGUAAAAUGAAGAUGCUUAAUCUUGCUUUAUGUUCAAUAAAAUGUCAAACAAGUAAGUGUGUAUUUGUACUCUAGGUGAUCAGCCAGCAAUCUUGUUUUGGUGUUAUCAUCCUCAUCAUGGUGUAUUCCAGUUUCGUAAGUGGAAAGAAAAAAGUACUGACAAAUGGCUCUGUAUAAUCAAUGGCUAUAUAAAUUCUCUUAAAAAAUAAUAAAAGUCCCAUUAUUAAAAAAAAAUGUAAAUAGU